AUGAAUGAUACUUCUGAUAGUCAAAUGAUAAAAAAAGAAAAUUCAAAUAAUCAAAAGAAAUUAGAUAAUAGUGAUUCAAAAGCCAAUAAUCAAAUUAAAGUUUACAAAAGACUUAUUAAAAAUAUUAAUGAAAUUUUAAAUACAUUCAAACAAUUUAAUCAGGAAGAAGAAAAGAUUGAAUUAAAUUGGACCCCAUUUCAUUACGAUAGAUAAAAGAAAGAAAGUAAUGAAGAUUAGUCAUCUAAAGAUAAACAAGAUGUGAUUAACGAUGGACCCUUACCAUUGCUUGAAAAAGUUAUAAAAACAAAAAAAGAAAAAAAACAAAAAAAAGAUGGUGGCAAUAUCUAUGCCAUGUUGCAAUUUGAUUGGGUCAAUUUCUUUUCGGAUGCACAAUAAGUGCAUUAAUUUGUGGAGCUGCGUUACCUAUAGGAAAAAAUUUUAUAACUGGAGGAAUUUCAGAUAUGGUCUAUUCUGUCGCAGCAGCUUGGAAAGGAUUAGAAAUUAAUUGUGGAGCUUGGGGAAAAACAAAAUGAUUAAUAUUGCAUCAGCAUUAGUCUUAGCAGGACCUUUUGGAAUUAAGGAAGUUCUUCAAAUAGGAGGCUAAGCCUUUAUAUCAAACAAAAAAUUGAUAUUACUGAAUUUUUGAAAUAGAUUCUAACAGGUUUUUGGUAAAAUGAUUCAGAUAAAGUAAAAAUCUAAAAUUAAUAUCAAACUUUGUAAAUGAUAUAAGAAACUGUUUUAAAAACAUAAAAUAAUAUUCAAAUAUUAAAUUUAGCAACAGAAGUUUUAGGAGAUUAAGUUAGAAAUGGAGCUAUUUCUGAAAUUACAUCGUGUAAUCUGUACGAUUUAAUUAAUUAAUGUUUUUAAUAAUCUAAAGAGACAAUUAAUGGUUUUCAAAAAGUUUUUGUGAAUUAGCAAAAAAAUAUUUAAGAUUAUAGAUAGCUAAAAGUAAUAGUAACAAAUCAGAAAAGAAUUUAAAACAAGAAGUUGAAGAAAUUUGUUAUAUGCAGGGAAAUAAAAAAUUUAAUGGGUUAUAAAGCAAAAAUCAUGAAUAUUAAUAAUAUGAAAAUUAACUAAAUGAUGAAAUUUAGUAAUUUUCAAAAAUUUUUAAAAUAAUUUAUUUGAAAGACUUUGAACUUUAAAAAAAAUAGUAACAUUAGCUCUGUAUUUAGAAAAAUUUUGCAAUCGUUAGGAAGUGGAGAAAGAGAUUAUCAAUACCAAUAUUUAAAAAGAUUUAAAUUCAACCUUCAAUAUAAAUUAUAAAGAUAUUUAGGAUGAAUGUAAUAAUGUAAAAAUACUAGAUAAAUUAUCAAUGAAUAAAUGUUAUUAGAAAGUAAUCAGACCAAAAAAUCAUAAAUAUUUGCAAUAUUUUUAGAGAUAAAUGCAAAUUCACAGAACAAAUAGAAAUAAUUUUUAAUGAAUAGUAUAUUACUCAUUUGAACACUAAUAUAGAGCAAUUUUAGUCACAAGUUAGCUUAUAUUAAAUGCAGAAUUAGGUGAGUUAAUAUUAAGUUGAAUAAAUUGAAUAAUAAUGUGAAUAAUUAAAAUAAAUAGUUAAUCUGGAAACAUAAUUAUUGGUGUAAAAUGCCAUUAACUAUAUGAAAAAUGAAUAAAUGAUUAAUAAUGAUGGAAUCACCGUUUCAAAUCAAUUUAUGAAUAAGUUUAAUAAUUACUUGAACCAAUAAAAUUAUUUUAGUAUGAUGAUUGAGAUUAUGAAAUAAGCUAUGAAAAAAGCACUCUUUCAAAUUUUAAAUAAAAUUGUUAGGAAAAACAGUUUGUAAAAGCUUUAAUUCAAGCUGUAGAAAUAGAAAUAAUUGAUGAAAUAUAAAAAUAAAUCUUUAAGUCAAGAAUAAAGAAAUAAGAUAAAUUAGUAACAAGUCAAUAUGAAUAAAUAAUCAAUAUCCAAUAAAAUCAUAAUAAUCAUAAAUUCUUAAAUCUAUUUGUCUAUUUCAAUUUAUAGAAAUUUAUUAAAUUAUUAGAAAUUUCAAAUUGAAUCUAAGUUUUUUUUUUAAAUCAUCUUAUUCUUAUCUAUCAAAAUUAUUAGACCAACAUAUAUUUUUUUUUUAUAUUAAUAAUUAUAGAGAUUAUAAAUCAUCAAAGAAAUCAAUUUUAGAAAGAAAUUCACAAAAAAAAUAUAAGAAUGA